AUGGAUGUAGUGAUAAGGGAGACACGGGAGAUAAACAUGGAAGUUGUGGUAUUAAAGGCUGAGGACCCCAGCUGCUUUUGGAUUGCUGUGAAAGAAUGUGUGCCCGGUGUAGUCGUUGAAACGGUGUAUGAAAACCUGAAUGUUGAAAUGGAGCAGUUUUAUAGUUGUUAUAAAGAUGCAGAUGAAGUAAAACAAGAGGAGAUAACAAAAGGCCAGGUUUAUGUGGUUUUCAGUGAGGAACUGAAGUGCUGGUGCAGGGCUCUGGUGGAGUCAGUGCGGUGCCAGGCAGAUGGUUACCAGCUCGGCUGUUUCCUUGUGGAUUAUGCCAAGUACUGCUCUGUUCCAUCAGAGAACAUUCGAGUUUUAACAGGAGCAUUUGCAAAGAUCCCACACAGAGCAAAGAAGUGUCGGCUGCACUGCACAAAGCCACUGACACUGCAUAUUGACUACUGUGAAAACACUGCCAAAAUAGGACCAGCCAAAAGAUGGGAUACUGCUGCCAUUCAGCAUUUUCGAAAGCUUCUUGAAGAGGCUACUGAGGUUAAAGCCACAAUACAGACAGUAGAAGAUAAAGUGUUAGAGGUGUUUCUUUUUGUGACUAUAAAAGAUGAAAAGAUCUGUGUUAAUGAUGAUCUGGUUGCAAAGCACUUUGCUCAUUACAAGGAAGAUGAAGGGACUGCAGGCAGUUCUUCAGAUGUUUCUGAUGAUGAAGUGUCCUUAAAUGCAGAGUGUGUUCCAGUGGAGUUUGUUGGUCCUACGUUUCUUGCCAGGCCAAAACUGCCCUUUGGGGAGAAGGUGUCACCACAUCUUGGGCCAGGUCUUGCUGGUUGUAAUUCUGUUGCUGAAAAGCCAUCCCAAAGGUCACACACGAAUCUAAAUCACAGUACUGUGCCUGUGGUCAGCAUGGUGCCAGGUUUGCCUUCCAAGGAAGAUAAAGCAGUUCAAACAGAGAGGCUUCCACAGUUCUCAAAUUCCAGUUUCCUUCAAACACACACAGUUGAGGAUGGCCAACAGAGUUUACAAGAUGUUGGGAAAGAAAAAAACUUUGUGUUCCUGAACAAGAAAAUUGAACCAUCAUCAGUUUUGGAAACAGCACCACUUCUUGAUGGUCUGAAAAAGGAACUUGAUAGGAAAAAGUUUUCAGGUCCUACCUUCACCCAGUCCUACUGUUGGCCACCAAUAGCUUGGGGACGUGAUGUUGUUGCCAUCUCCCAUCAGGGAAAUGAUCCUUUAUUAUAUAUUCCACCAGUUCUUACACUUCUGCAGGAAAGUGACUAUCCAGCCUUGCCAAACAUGAGUGGGCCACUAGCACUGAUUUUAUGUCCUGGAUGGAAGAAGGCACAGCUUGUUUUUGACCUGCUGAAAACGUACAGGAAAGGCUGCAGACGCCUUCAUCCAAUGCUGAUGACCCUUGGGCUGAACAAGGAAGCAGCCAGCCAAAUGGAACUCCGAGGCUGUGAAGUGGUAGUGACUACACCAUACAACCUCCUGAGACUGCUGGAACAUAACACUGGGUUCUUGUGUAGGCUUUGCCAUCUUGUUCUUGAUGAGAUCGAGGUGCUGUUCUCUGACACUUCUGAACAGGUGUUUACUAUACUGGAUUGUUACAAGAAAGCCACUGCUCAAGCACGGGGGAAUCUGCCACAUCAGAUCAUUGCUGUGGGAACUCAGUGGAAUAAACAUAUCACACCCUUGAUAAAGGAGUUCAUGAUUGACCCUCACAUUUUGAUAACUGUUAUUGAAGAAGCUGCCAUCUUUGGAAAUGUGCAACAGGUGGUGCAGCCCUGCAUAAACAGCGACAGAACUGCUGAGUUACUCAAAAUCCUGGAUUCUGCCCAGAGGAAUCUUCAGAAAGUGCUGGUCUUCACUGACUCAGUAACUGAAGCAGAGAUGAUUCAUAAGGCACUGAAGAGCAAUUCAAUCGUUUCCUUGAAAAAGCAUAAAGAGAGCAAGUGUACUGCUAAGUGUGUCUUGGAGAGGUGGAGGAAAAUGUACAGUUCUGGCACUCCUGCUGUGUUAGUUUUAACAGAUGACUGCCUGCAGUCCAUGGGAAUCACAGAUGCAACUUGGGUGAUACAUUUCAGUUUCUCAUCUCCAGCAGUCUUUGGGCAGCGCCUGCAAAGCAUGAGUGACAACUUCUGCCCUGGCAUAAAGGAUUCUGCUGUAGAUCAGGAAGAUACGAAGGCAAAGUCAAUCAUUCUGCUGACAGAGAGCAGUUUUUGUCAUGCACCUGAGAUUUUCUACUAUUUAAAGCAUGCAGAAGCUGAAAUUCCAGAAGAACUCUAUGAUUUGACUGCCAGGGUGCAGGAAUCUGAGGAAGACGAGAAAUUUUCAAGACCCCUGUGUGCUUCCCUUAAAACAUUUGGGAUUUGCAGGAACAGAACAGAGUGUCCAGAUCGUCAUCAAAUUAAUUUAUCAAUAGACAUGGCCCAGAAUAUUGCAGCUGAAAUGAUAGAAACACCUGAACGUGUGACAAUCCUGCCUCUCUUCAUUGUACAUGCAACAAACUACUUUGGCCGAAUAGUCAGGAAACAAAAGGACCAAUAUACAGUUCUUGCUAAAGAAAUGAAUGAUUACUUCAAGGUACCAGGGCACAGGAUUUCGGUGAACACUGUGGAGAAGUCAGUGUUCUAUGGGUUACGUGAGGGAGCCAUUUGCCACAGAGUUCAGGUGGUAGAGACUCCAGCAAAAGAUGAAGAAAAUGUCUGUAAGGUCACAGUUAAGUACAUAGAUGAAGGCAGGACAAGUCAAGUGAACAGUGAUCAGCUGCUUCACUUACCUGUGAAGUUUCAGAGUCUGCCACCUCAGGCUGUGGAAAUUAUAGUGUGUAGAGUAAAACCCAUAGAUAAUGAAGUUGAAUGGAAUCCAAAGGUGACUGAUCACAUCAAUCACAAAAUUAAAGGAAAACUUCAUCAUGCAAAAGUGGUGCAUACCUUGGGAAAGACAGUUUGGGUUGACCCAAUGGUUGGGGUUACCAAUCUUCCCACGAUGAAGAUGUGGAUCAAUGAGUACAACAUUCGGUCCGAGAUUUUGUCAACGGGUUUGGGAACUGACAAUCCCGAACAUGUAGCAGAAAUUCAGAAGCUGUGCCCACAGAUACCAGUUUUGGAUCAUGGACAGAGCUUGGAGCAUUUACCUUCUAAGCCCGAGACUACCGUUGAAAAAUUGGGAACUUCAGUACAGGCUUUGUUACUAAGAAGCACAAAAGAGGACACAGCUGAUCUAGAGGAAGUGUCCAGUCCACAGGAUCCAUCGCUAGAGGAAGAUUCUGCAGAAAGCUGUAACAGUCCUGUGACUCCUCCAAGCAAUGAUGUAGUUCAAACAAAAGAAGCAGAAGAGACUACUGUGAAUCAGCAGAAGGGCUGUCAUCCACAAAUCAAGUGGUUUCAGGAUGAUGUGAGUGUGACACUGAAGGUCCAAAUACUGAGGGCAGCUGACAGUAGAUGUGAGUUCUGUAGAGAAAAGGUGACUUUCAGUGCUUAUUCAGAAGGCAAAUUUUAUGUGGCUGACCUGGAGCUGUAUCAGUCAGUAAUUGCAGAGAAGUCCACAUGUGUGAUUAAGGAAACAGAGGCUGUGAUUUUACUGGUAAAAGAGAAAAAAGGAACAUGGUGCAAAUUACUGAAGAACAAGAAUGUUCAUGUGUCCUUAGAUUUUGAAUGCUGGGAAGCAUCUGAAGAUGAAAGGCCUUUCACAGUUGGUUCUGGAAAACUGAACUACCCUCCUGCAGGAUCUGAGGAGUGGUUUGAGUCCUCUGAAGACAGUGGUACAGAAAGUGAUGAGUAACUCACAGGAGAAAUUCCUUUCCCCUCUGAUAAAACACUUAAGAACUGAUGUAAUCUAUUUUUGGUCUUGCUCUGCAUCCUGAUGGCAACCGAAAUUACCUAUUUGAAAAAAACAGUUGUGUAGCAGAUGCUUGCCUUCUCUUGGUUCUGUUCUUUGACUUGUUUAAUACCUAAAUAUAAUGUAAGGUGUUUGGGGUUUUUUUGGAGGCUGGUAGAUUAGUCUCUAGUGGGUUAUUUAAAAGGUGUUAGUUACCUCUAGUUUUUGUUUAAAAAACAAGGCCUCUUCUGUGAAGUAGAAGCAAAAAGUGGGUCUAGCCAUAUGUGCAUCAAAAGCACAAGUCAAUAAAGAACAGUGUAAAAAAUAGCAUGAGUAUGUCCAAGAAUAUUCAUCUGCCCUCAAGCAAUUUUUGAUCAGAGUUUACAUGAGGAAAAGCUUUCCUUGGGCCUUGCACAAAUGUAGUUACAUUUUGGAACAUAUGUGAGCUUCUGACAUUCUCCUGCACUAAGGAAUUCAGUGAAAUAAUUUACUGUGUCUUGAGGCCUU